GCUGAGCGGCGUCUGGCAACACUGAGGGAGUGACGGCGGAAGGUAGAGGGAAGGAAGGGGCCAUAAAUUCCUCCCCAGAUAAGCUUUGCACAAGGCCGCGGAGAGAGCAUCAGCAUGUCAUUCUUCAGGAACACCGUCUGGUUCCUCAAGGGGCUCAAGGAGUACACCAACUCUGGCUAUGCCCGGGCCUGCAGGAGUUUUGUUGAAGCUGACCUCCAGGUGGACUGUGCUGGACUCCAAUAUAUGAUUACAGGUGCAAACAGUGGAAUUGGGAAAUGCAUAGCACUGGAGAUAGCCAAGCGAGGUGGUACGGUGCACCUGGUGUGUCGCAACCCCACCACGGCAGAGCAGGCCAAGACAGAGAUCAUUGAGGCCUCCAAGAAUGAAAACAUCCAUGUGCACAUCCUGGACCUGUCAGACUCGAAGGGUGUCCACUCAUUUGCUGCCAACUUCUGCAGCACCAAUGAUGCCCUGCAUGCUCUGGUGAACAAUGCUGGCUGUAUGGUGAACACUCGGGAGGUGAACGAAUACGGCUUGGAGAAGAACUUUGCCACCAACACACUGGGCACCUACAUCCUCACCACCCGCCUCCUUCCCCUUCUGUCCAAAACUGAGAAGUCACGAGUAGUGACGAUCAGUUCAGGAGGGAUGCUGGUGCAGAAGCUGGACGCUGGUGACUUGCAGUUUGAGAAGAUGAAUCCCUUUGAUGGCACAAUGGCUUACGCACAGAACAAGAGGCAGCAGGUGGUGAUGACGGAACAGCUGGCCACCCAACACCCAGAGGUUCACUUCUCCGUCAUGCACCCGGGCUGGGCAGACACCCCAGCUGUACGCACCUCCAUGCCUGAUUUCUAUGCCAAGAUGAAGGACAAGCUGAGGACUGCAGAGCAGGGUGCGGACACGGCAGUCUGGCUGGCUGUGUCGCCGGCCACCCUGCAGCAACCCUCGGGACUCUUCUUCCAGGACCGUCAGGCUGUCUCCACCCACCUGCCGCUGGCCUGCACCAAAGCUGACUCCAAGGACGAGAAGCAGCUGAUGGACACUCUUGAAGAGCUCGCACAGAAGCACCAGGCCUGAUUACAAGCCGUGCCUGCAUCAUCACAGUUCCUGCCAAUCAACAAGUAGAAGCACAAAGAUAUUUAUAUAUUUCAUAUGUGUAUUUUUAUCAGUAAUUAAUCUCAUCUUUCUAUUCCUCAGCCAUCUUCUCAACUCCACUUAAGUGUGUGGCUGGGGUUUUUGAUUUCUCAGGUAUUUUGAAUGGCAGAAGUCUAAUCUUCUUAGCCUUGUUACUUUAAGUAUAGACAAGCCUUGUCAUAUGUAUGGUCAUUUUAUGUAUAUUCACUUAUCUAUAUGCAAUUUCAUUUACAUAAAAUCUAUUUAUGCUUGCAAUAUUUGGAUAUGUGUAUGAAAUUGUGGCUCACCAACUCACAGUUUGCAUACACAUGCUUCUUCAUUUUGUCUGUUAAGUUAAUUCUACUCUGAAUGGAGUGUUUGUGUCUUUCAGUAUUUGUAUACAAAAACAUCCAGAAUGCCUCCCAAGCAUCCAGCAAGUGGUACCCCAAUUGCUAAGUGGUUGUUUGUGCCUGUGAAUUGGUGUAAAAUGGUGUGGUUGUCUGUGCCUGUGAAUCAGUGUAAAAUGGUAAAUCAUUAGAAGGGCUGCAUGGUGGAGGGCCCACUAUUGCCUCUUGGGUCAGCUGGCUCUGCCAGAUAAAGGGCAAACAUGUCUGCACCAAUACCACCAGUCUCCUUAGAAGAAUAUGACAAAACAAACACUACUAGAUUGCCAGUGAAUCCAGCAUGUAGAGAAAUUCCCCACUAAACAACCUAUCUGCGUACGUAGAUGACAAAAUGGUUAUCGAACGGUCAUAUACUGAAGAAAUAAUUUCCACAAGACUGUUAAGAAGCAGCUAACUUGAGUUCUGUGCCACUCUGGAGAAGUCAUCUUUUUGAGAAUUACUGUACAUUGUGCAGUGUUCCAAUUAUGUUCCAAUUCCCUCCCUCCUAAAAAAUUAUAGACAUGUCUAUAAUUUUAUUAGGAGAGAGGGAAUUGGAACACAACCCCUCUAUCACCAUAAUUUAUGUAAGGCAACAUUUUCAUUGUUUGCUACCAAAUUGUUAUAAGGGAUUUUGGUACAAAAGCCAUACAUAUAACAAAGAUUGCCUGUAUGUUAUGAUCUUGAUAUUUCAUGACAUUUGGGACCAGUGUUGCAUAGGAUUCGUUAUCUAUAUGUAAACAAUUUUAUAUAACAAAUUAUCCUUCAGCUUUGCUCUUCAUAUGCUUGCAUAUUGUCAUUGUUUGUCAAGGUGUUUUUCAGAUGCAUUUGUGAAGUGCAGAGGAGAUUCUCAAUGUGCCUUUUGAGUUGAGUGUUGCAACCAAAGAAAAGUAUCACAAACUGUCAAACUUUAGUUACUAAAGUUGUAAGAACAAAUUACAUUAAUCCUGUAAUUUCUUGGAUUGUGAAGCCAUGUUGGAAAGGAAAAUAUUUUCAUCAUUGUAGAAGUAAAAUAUUCACAUACAUUGACAAUAUACCUUUAUAGGCCUUAAAAAUGCAAAUAAAUUGAUGCAUCACUUUGUUUCAUAAUUUUAUAUAUGUAAUUUUUCAAUUUUAUUGUUUGUUACAAAUAUUUAUGUAAAAUGCAGAUGUCAAUGUAAAUGACCUUGCUGUGUUACAUUUACCUCAUGUAGUGAUGUCUUGCAGGGCUUUCUGCUUGAAUUACAUUACUGCCUCCUUCUGGACAAAGAUGAUUUGCUUCUCAGCUGUGUGAUCUACAAUAUCAAGAUUGUAAGACGUCCACAACAAGGUCUUGAUCAGGGUUAGAUUGUGUGACAAGUUUUUAUCUGGACCAUGAAAGGUGGGUCAUAUUUGUCUUGGCUUUGUUGGGCCAACUUGGGAAGGUGUACUCGGGUGGUAGUGUUGGAAGUAGUAAAGGUGUAUUGAAGUUCCA